AUGACCGGCUUUAGAGAGUUUCAGCGCCAGAGUUUACAACAGCUACGUCCAAAUUCGUUUGACCAAGAUGAUUACAACGAUUUUGAUGUGGCUGUGAAGAUAUUUGAAUCGAUGGAGCUUCCCAAUGAUACCGACUAUUACUGGGCAUGCAUCCGACAAUUUAGAGAAGAUGCAUUCUGGCGUAAGUAUUUUAUUGAUAGAGCUGACAACUUUGAAGAAAAUAUAAAACUUCUACAAGCUCUAACCGGAUUAACACGCAAUGAUGAACGUGUGGAAAAACUUUUAAGUUCGGGUAAACAUUUUGGAAGUCCAAGUUCCGGUGGUUUUCAUUCAGGUAGUCCAUCUUCUGGUGGUAAUAAUUCAUGGGGUCAAACUUCAAGUAGUCAAUGGGGCCAUGGAUUUCAACAAUGGGGAACACCACCAAAUGCUCAACAAUGGGGAGCACCACCAAAUGUUCAACAAUGGGGCACACCACCAAAUGCUCAACAAUGGGGUACACAAUCAAAUACUUCACAGUGGGGAGCACAACCAAAUAUACAACAAUGGAGUUCACCACCGUUGGCUCCACAAUGGAGAAUACCUCCAAAUAUUCAGCAAUGGAAUCCACCAACUGCUACACAAUGGGGUUCAUCAUCACAUAAUAACCAAUGGGGUUCGUCGUCAAAUACUUCACAAUGGACCCCUCCACAGAAUAUUUAA